AUGGGCGUUGCUGAUAACAUUUGGAAACUAAGCAAACUUUUCUCUCUGUUCCUUCCUUUGAAGACAAAGACAGGGAUUUGUUUGCUGCAGGAUGGUAAUCAGGAGCCUUUCAAAGUGCGACUGCACUUAGCCAAAGAUAUUUUGAUGAUCCAGGAGCAGGAUGUGAUCUGUGUGUCUGGUGAGCCUUUCUAUUCUGGUGAAAGAACGGUAACAAUUAGAAGACAAACUGUAGGAGGAUUUGGAUUAAGUAUAAAGGGUGGAGCAGAACAUAAUAUUCCAGUGGUCAUUUCCAAAAUUUCCAAAGAACAAAGAGCUGAACUCUCAGGUUUGCUCUUUAUAGGAGAUGCAAUUCUACAGAUUAAUGGAAUUAAUGUAAGAAAAUGCAGGCAUGAAGAAGUGGUUCAGGUUCUUCGGAAUGCAGGAGAAGAAGUGACCCUAACAGUGUCCUUUCUGAAAAGAGCGCCUGCUUUUCUCAAAUUGCCUCUGAAUGAAGAUUGUGCGUGUGUCCCUAGUGACCAAAGCAGUGGCACAUCAUCUCCCCUCUGUGACAGUGGUUUGCAUCUCAACUACCAUCCCAACAAUACGCUGUGUAAUCAGGGAGCAGAAAAAAUUCCUUGUGACAGACCACAAAUCAUGAAUAUUCUAACUGAAUCAUUACUGCACAACAUAAAGGAUACGCUAUCAUGUUCCUCAUGGCCAACAUCACCAGGGCUUAGGUGGGAGAAGAGAUGGUGUGAUCUCCGAUUAAUCCCGCUCCUUCAUUCCCGUUUUUCCCAGUACCUCCCAGGAUCAGAUUUGUGCAGGCAAAAUGCAUUCCAAGUAAUUGCUGUGGAUGGAGUUUGCAGUGGAAUAAUUCAGUCUCUCUCUGCUGAAGACUGUAUGGACUGGCUACAAGCAAUAGCAACUAACAUUUCCAACCUCACAAAGCACAAUAUAAAAAAAAUCAACAGGAAUUUUCCCGUAAACCAGCAGAUAGUCUAUAUGGGCUGGACAGAAGAACGGGAACAAGACUCCCUUCAGGACCGAAUGUACACACCAAAGUUUCUAGCUCUGAGGGGUUCCUCUCUUUACAAAUUUAUAGCACCUCCAGUCACCACGUGGGAUUGGACACGAGCUGAAAAAACGUUUUCAGUUUAUGAGAUCAUGUGCAAAAUUCUCAAGGACAGUGAUCUGUUGGAUCGUCGGAAACACUGCUUCGGUGUCCAAUCUGAAUCUGGAGAGGACCUCUACUUUUCCGUGGAGUUAGAGUGUGACCUAACCCUAUGGGAAAAAGCCUUCCAAACAGCAACUUUUUUAGAAGUUGAACGAAUUCAGUGCAAGACAUAUGCCUGUGUUUUGGAGAGUCAUCUUAUGGGGCUUACCAUUGACUUUGGCAUGGGCUUUGUAUGUUUUGAUGCUGCCACAAAGGCUGUGCUUUGGAGGUACAAGUUUUCCCAGCUUAAAGGGUCUUCAGAUGAUGGCAAGAGCAAAAUCAAAUUUUUGUUCCAAAAUCCAGAUACUAAGCAGAUUGAAGCAAAGGAGUUGGAAUUUUCCAAUCUAUUUGCAGUCCUUCACUGCAUCCACUCAUUCUUCGCGGCCAAAGUGGCUUGUUUGGACCCAUUGUAUGUAGGCAGUCAAGCCGCCACAUCUGCUGUUGCCACAACUUCUGACCUUUGGGGAACUGCGAACAUGGAAACCAAUCCAAGAGGCAAGCCAUGCUGCAGUUUCAGCAGAAAAAUGGUCACAUGGGAUCAUACAUUCAUCUCUGUUCUGCAACUCCAGUAA